CACUCUAAGCGGAACUUGUUGGUAGUGCGCAGUAGUUGAAUGGGAGCGCUGUAUGUUACUAUGCGACAGUUAACCACUAUGCUCGAAAGCAAAAUAUUAUUCAAAAUAUACAUAAUGAAGAAAUAGCAAAGGUCUUAUUCACCGAAGCUUUACGCCUCACCUCUUGAUUUCAGCAUCAACAGAUCAUCAUGAGAGUGAGACUGAAGCUAAAGACCGUGUUUGUCUUUUACUUCACUGUGUCACUACUAGGACUCAUGUAUGCGCUAAUGCAACUGGGUCAGCGUUGUGACUGCAGAGAUCAUGACUUCUCUAAAGAUCAGCAGAUCUCUCAACUGAGGGGAGAGAUGCAGAAGCUACAGGAACACAUUAAAACAUCAAAACUGUCAAAAAACUCUGAUGUACCCACAAUUUAUGUGAUAACUCCAACAUAUGCAAGACUGGUGCAGAAGGCAGAGCUCACACGUUUGUCCCACACCUUUCUUCAUGUUCCUCAACUACACUGGAUCCUGGUGGAGGACGCCGCCCAGCCAACUCGACUCGUCACAGACUUCCUAACUGCAUCUGGCAUGACUUACACCCACUUACACACGUUGACCCCCAAAGAUCGGAAGCUCCAGGAGGGUGAUCCCAGUUGGCUGAAGCCUCGGGGUGCUGAGCAGAGAAAUGAGGGUCUGCGCUGGCUCAGAGAGAUGGGUGCUGCUGCAGAGGGAAAAGAGGCGGCUGCCUUUGAAGAUGCUGUUGUUUACUUUGCUGAUGAUGACAACACUUACAGUCUGCAGCUUUUUGAAGAGAUGCGAUACACACGCCGCGUCUCAGUUUGGCCUGUGGGUCUGGUGGGCGCCAUGAAGUUUGAAAGCCCUGUGGUGCAGAACGGAAAGGUGGUACGCUUCCACACCGGUUGGCGCCCCAGUCGGCCCUUUCCCAUAGACAUGGCUGGUUUUGCAGUGUCCCUGAGGCUGAUUCUGGCCAAUCCAGAAGCAUGUUUUGAUGGUGAUGCCCAGAUGGGGUUUUUGGAAAGCAGCUUCCUUCAGCAUCUGGUUACCAUGGAGGACCUUGAACCCAAAGCCGAUUUGUGUACCAAGGUGCUGGUGUGGCACACCCGAACUGAGAAACCAAAGAUGAAGAGGGAAGACGCAAUGCAGAAGCAGGGGUUGGGGUCAGAUCCCGAUGUGGAGGUGUGAGAGGCAAAUGCUUAAAACAUUCUUGGACUUCCCAGUCACACACUUCCAUAGUGCCAUGGGGAAAUUCUGAUAUGCUAAAGACACACGAGCAAUAAACUGAUUCCUGAUCCCUACAGAUACUAAAGACACUUUAGACUUUGGUUCAAAAGUAUUAGGAAUGAAAGGAAUGUGUUCAUGUCAAUACAAGCAACGGAUCAAAGGAAACUACCGAAGAAAUGGAUUUCCAUAAAUGGUUUCGGUGUAUCUCAUAUACAGUGCUUAUCAUCUGUAUACUUGAAAUGUAUUUAAAAGAGAAUUUUACUUAUUGUUGAACACAGGUUGUAUUUAUAUAUUUGUAUUUAUAUCUUUAGACAUGAAUGUGUUUAAUGUGUGAUAUGCUGGGUUAGCCUGUGUUAUGAAGUGUUAAUAUCUAUGCUGGCUAUGUCUCUGUAAUGUUUUCUGUAUGAACGAGUAGUACCUGCUUGUAGUUUUGUCUAUGGUUACAAUAGAAAGUGCGUUUUCUUUUUGUCCUAUGAUUUAACAGUGGUUUCCCUUUUGUCACGGAUACAUGUUUAUUUAUGUAAUAAUUAAUCUCUUCUGAAUCUGUUUUUGUGUACGU